GUAAAAAAAAUUGAAUAGGAAUCUGGACGAAGCAGGACCCAUGAUCCAGCCAUCUCUACUGGCAUGCUCUCUCUCUCUCUCUCUCUUAUUUAAACCACAUGGAGCUUAGUCCAUUGGGCUUCAAUCAACACCAGAAAACAUCUUGAAACAGAAGCAAUGACGCUACAAAACGAAAGCGGAAGUUUGGAGUCUCACCUCAAUUUACCCAAAAUCAAGUUUACUCAGCUCUUCAUCAACGGCCAAUUUCUCGAUGCUGUAUCAGGGAAAACAUUUGUGACAAUAGACCCAAGAAAUGGAGAAGUAAUAGCAAAAAUAGCGGAAGGUGACAAGGAUGAUGUUGAUUUGGCUGUCAAAGCUGCUCGUCAUGCUUUUGAUAAUGGCCCAUGGCCUCGUUUGCCUGCUUCUGAAAGAGGAAGAAUAAUGCUAAAGUUGGCCGACUUGAUCGACCAAAACGUGGAAGAAUUGGCAUCAUUGGACGCUCUCGAUGCCGGAAAGCUGUACAGGAUCGGGUUGGUCGCCGAGAUCCCCGCCGCCGCCGAAAACCUCCGUUACUACGCCGGCGCCGCCGACAAGAUCCACGGAUCCACGUUGAGGAUGGCCGGGCAGCUGCACGGGUACACGCUGCUGGAACCCAUAGGCGUGGUGGGCCACAUCAUUCCCUGGAACUUCCCCUCCCAGAUGUUCACCAUGAAGGUCGCCCCGGCGCUGGCCGCCGGCUGCACCAUGGUCGUCAAGCCCGCCGAGCAGACGCCUCUCUCCGCUCUCUUCCUCGCCCAUUUGGCCAAGCUGGCUGGCAUCCCGGACGGGGUGCUGAACGUGGUGACGGGGUACGGCUACUCUGCCGGGGCUGCGAUAAGCUCUCACAUGGACAUCGAUAAGGUUAGUUUCACGGGGUCCACGGAAGUAGGGCGGCUGGUGAUGCAGGCGGCCGCGGCCAGUAACCUGAAACCGGUGACGUUAGAACUUGGAGGGAAGUCGCCUUUCAUAAUCUUCGACGAUGUGGAUGUUGAUAAAGUUGUUGAUCUCGCUGUGCGCGCGAUUCUCUACAACAAGGGGGAAAUCUGCGUGGCGGGUUCGCGUGUUUUUGUUCAAGAAGGGAUAUACGAUAAGUUUCUAGUUACGUUGGUGGAGAAGGUCAAAUCUUGGGUGGUCGGCGAUCCUUUCGAUCCCAAUGUUCAUCAAGGGCCCCAAGUGGAUAAGAAUCAAUACGAGAGAGUUCUUUCAUACAUCGAAAUCGGGAAGAAGGAAGGCGCCACUUUGUUGGCAGGGGGUAAGCCAGCCGCCAGCAAAGGCUACUACAUUGAGCCUACAAUUUUCACAGACGUAACGGAUGAGAUGACUAUAGCCAAGGAAGAAAUAUUUGGACCGGUGAUGUCAGUUAUGAAGUUCAAGACGGUGGAGGAAGCGAUCAAGAGGGGGAAUGCUAGUAAGUAUGGAUUGGCGGCGGGGGUGAUGACGAAUGACUUGAACAUUGCCAACACAGUAUCGCGGUCGAUUCGAGCGGGCAUAGUGUGGAUAAACUGCUACUUGGCGUUUAGUAAUUCGCUUCCUUACGGAGGUUACAAGAUGAGUGGGUUUGGGAGGGAUAUGGGGAUGGAGUCUCUCCAUAGCUACCUUCAGCUUAAAUCUGUCGCCGUGCCCAUUCACAACUCUCCUUGGCUCUAAAUCCCCCACCCCAUGUUUGAUCAAAUCCUUGUUUCUUCUCGAUCCGAAUUUGAAUUGCAUUUUAAUUUGUACAAUAUACUUCUUUCUGAAUUUGUACAAUAUACAUUCUUGCUUUCCUUGUUUCAGGCCAAUAAUCAAUAACAUGUACAACCUAGUAUUAAUAAAUGCAACCUACAUUUGUAUUAUGCAA